AUGGAGCAAACUUUCGCCAGUUUUUUAAAUUUUAAGGAUAUUGAGCAAGAGGGAGCUAAGCCAUUUUUGGCUCAUACUUUCGCUUCUCCGACUGAAAUGCCUCAAAAUGCUGUUGAGCAAAGAGUUUUGGAGGGAGCAGCAGAAUUUUGGGACUGCUCCUGGCAUCCAUUAACAAAGGAAGUCAAUAAAAUGUUAAAAAAUGGAGAGAAAUUGGACUACUCCACAUUUCUUGGAUUUUUGGAUCAUAACUACGAGCUGUCAACUUGGUGUAAUCAAUGCUUUGAGACGAUAUUUGGAAUGAAACAAGAAGAAAUCAUAAAAAUUCAAGAAGGAAAUACUUAUUCUUAUAAAUUCUUUGUAUGCAAAGAUUGUGCGCAAAUUAUUAAAUAUGCAACUUUUCAUUUUUAA